AUGGCAAACGUAUUUGGAGUUCCCAUCACAAAGGAAACAUUGAAAGGGAUGAAGGAAUACCAAGACAAGAAAACUCUGACCCAAAAGGACCGAGCUAAGGCAGCAAUGUGUAUGAAGAACACUGAUGGUAAGGAUGUGAGUGCUCACAACUUCGCCACUAAUCUGGUUGAUCGUUGUGGUAGUAGCGCUGCCACCAAAUGUAUGAUUCACAAUGCAACUGGAUGUCCUAUAACAUUGGAAAGGUACAAAAAUAAGGUUGGACACCUCGGCGAAUCACCUUUCCCUACUAUACUUCUAAACGGGCAACGGGACGUGUUCGUACACAUCGGAGAUAGGUAUCAAGCAAGUUCUGUUGGUGCCCUUGUGUAUUGA